AUGGUUGUCUUUGUCGACUUGGACGACCCGGAUGAGGUCGAGCAUCAACAGCAUCAGCAUGGACAUACCGCGCCAUUUGAUAUGCGUGACUUGAUCAAUGCUCAUACUGCAAGGUCACUACAUCACACCUCGGAGGAACAAACUCAUGACGAAGAAGAGGAAGAUCAAGAACAUCCAAAUCUGAAUGCAUUGUCUGCUGUAUUGGGUAACUAUCCACAAUUGAUCCCACAGACUUUGCGAUGUGUAUCCGAUACACCGAACCCGAACUGCACCAUGAAAGCACCUUCAAGCACAGCACUCAAAUCUCGACAUCGAAGGUUAUGCCGCACAUGCAUCAGAGCACCACUAUACCUGCACACAAGAACAACAAACCCAGAAACCGAUAUUGAACACCAUAACGAUAGCUCCGACGACUUCCCAACACACCUACCACUAUACCGUAGUCCUUGCUCCUGUACCUCCCAAGUCUGGAUCUGCACUCCCUGCUCCACCACCCUCCGCACCCUCGAUACCUCCUACAUGCGCGCGUGGACUUGGCGAUCCCGCUACAGCACCCAUCUGCACGGCAUCGGCACUGGUUUAGGCACCGGCAUCGAAGGCGUCCAAUGCGGUCGUGAAUCCCACUGCCUCUCCGCUCGCACAAUCUUCAAAGAGAUAGAAUGCGAUGCUGCAGACACGCGAACCGGUGGCUACUUUUUGCAAGAGAUAGAGGGUAUAGGUGGUGUGGUCAAGAAGAAGGUGAAGAGGAGGUUGUUGGUUGGGGAUGUGGUGCAAGAGUUCGAAGACGAGAGGGAAGGAGGCAAGUAUCUAGAGAGGGAGCAAGAAGGUGUGGAUAGGAGUUGGUGUUCUUGGUGUGCGAGGGUCGUCUUGAGUAAGAAGGACGUCCUGAGAGUUGGAGAUGCUGUCCGAGAGGUUGGUUGGUUGGGCAGAGCCUCUGACAGCGAUCUGAGUUCCAGUUCGAGCUUUUGA